ACCCUAAAUAACAAACGCAAUGGAUUUGUUCUUCUUCAUAUCCUGAUAAUCCCCAAUUGAAAACCCUAAUUCCACUUUCAACCAAUGGAUCUCUCAAAACUCCCCGAUUCCCAACGCCAAGAACUGGAAAAAGUCCAGAAACAAUUUCAAGAACACCAAGCGCAACAACAACAACACCAUCCACCACCUCCCUACGAUCCGUAUCAGGUUCAUCAACCCUCCUAUUAUUACAAUCCACCUCAACAACAACAACAAUACGACCCUUCCUAUUACCACUUUCAGGAUCCGUAUGUUCCGAAUUUGGGCUACCAUGGCCCUCCGGGUAUUAAUCCGGCUACUGCCGCUGCGGCAGUGGCAGCCUUGUCUCAGCUGACUCACUUUGCUGGUGGAGGACAUUAUGAUCAGGGGCAUUUUCGUCCUCCGGUUGGUCACAAUCCCUACAGGGGUGGUGGUAGCCGGGGUGGAGGUCCUUUUAGAGGCGGUGGUCGUGGAAACACUGGUUUUCGGCCCCCGCAUACUGGUGUAUCGGGUCCACCCUUUAAUGGAAGAGGUCGUGGCCGUGAUCGUGGAAGGGGUAAGAGGGGCAGGCAUGGUGCACCAUCUUCUCAUCCUGAAUCUUCAGCACAACCACCUGUCCAAACUGCACGGUGUGAAGUGUGCAAGGUUGACUGCACCACCGGUGAAGUCCUUGAGCAGCACAAUAACGGGAAACGCCACAAAAGAAACCUUCGAAAGUUGCAAGAUAGGAAGGCUGCUCACCAACCUGUUGUCCAGACAGAAAGAGACGCAAAACCCGAUUCAGAUAACAAUCCUGGUGUGGAAACCAACAAACCGGAAGGGGAACCCGAACCCAAACCUGAAACCGAAAAGCAAACGGACGCUGGGGAUGAUAAUAACAAAGCAGAGACAGAGGAAAAUGACAAUCAAGAAAAGAAACCCAGGAUGAAACGCAAGAUGAAAGGCAGGGUUCGUGGAACCCGUGGUGGCGCUAAACGUAUGAGGCCCACAGGCCCACGAACUCGGAAAGCGGUAAUCCCAUUGGUUUGUGAUUUGUGUAAUAUAAAGUGUGAUACGCAGGAAGUCUUUGACCGCCAUGCUGCUGGUAAAAAACACUUGUCUAAGCUCAAAAGGUUUGAAGGCCACCAAGCCAUGUAUGGACCGACAGCGGUCCAGGCCCUUUACCCUCCUAACCCUCUUUCACAGACAUUAGCUCCUCAACCAGCCUAUUAUGGUGCAUCAACCUCAUAUCCGGCUCCACCUGAGGCUUAUAUACCACCUCCCGUUCAAGCCCAGAACCCGAACCCGCAACUCGCUGAUGCACCUCUGGAAUUCGCCACCCAAAAUGCUGUAUUAACUGGAUAAACAUAUGCUGGCAUUGGAAGUAGGUGCUAUGAAGUUGAAGGUUACAAGUCUUUUAGUUCGAAAAUCAAAAUUCUUAAAGACUUAAAUUGCAAAAGUGGGAUUUAUUUAAUCAGCUCUUGUUUUUAGGCUUCUGAAUUAUUUGUUUCUCAUGACAUGCCUUAAAAAUGCAAAAAGAAAAAUUUAUCUUUUACUUUC